ACCCUAGCAAUUAUUAUUACCCCCCGCCCAAAUGAAUUUCAUUAAACCAACUUAAAUAAAGCAUACCAAAAGUUUCCUCUCACAACUUAUACAACGCCCAAACUCCUCCCGGAUAUCCUGAUGAAAAUAACGGAAACAACAGGCCUAAUCAUUCUUCUCAUCUUCUUAUACGAAGGCCUCUGCGUAAAGAUUGCUACCAGGCCAAAGGACGCCAGUGACAGCUCAACAACCAGCUGCCCUGAAUCUACCGGGGUGACUAUAAAGGGAACAGUAUUGUCUGUAGUCUGUAACCGUUCCACCAUCACCAGGGUAAAAGAGGAGACGAGGCACUCAAAUGUGUGCAUAGAAGAGUUCUCUUGGCACAUCCCAGACCCUUGGUGCAGCCCUGUCGAACUUCUGUACAACGUAACGGUACCCAUGAUUCGAAAGGAUGGAGCACGAAAAGUCACUCAAGUGGAGCUAAACUUAACGAAAGGAGGAUGGCAAAUAGCAGAAGUGCAGUGGGGCGAUGAUUUAUUACACGAGGGAAACAUGAGAUACGUUACAAAGAAUUGCACAUUCAUCGCUGCGGUUCAGUUUAGUGGGUCUAAAGAGCCCGCAACUAAAGGUCAAGAUUUGGAGAACAUACGUGAAAUUUGCAACCUCAAGAACAAGCAAGCAGAUGCCGGACAUCGUGCUGUAUGUUUGAUUACAGGAGAAUACAAGCAAAAUGUGUGCCGCUAUCCACGUUACGGCCAAGACAAUGAAGGAUAAUGAUUGGGCGACAUAUAUGAAAGAAGAGAUAAUAAAUAUAAACUGCGUGCUUUUUUUGUAACCGCCAUACAUCAGAAAAUAAUAGAAGUGGAUGUCUCCCACAAUUUUUGUUUCUUAUAAAUAAACGUUAUUGGAAACGUC